UGCAUUUGUCUUAAGGAGCAACUGUAACACUCCUUCUCCGGUGGGUGCACAGCUGAUGUUUAUCUUGGAAUUAUCGUACAAUGGCACAAAACAGGUGAAAGAGGAACGAGAGCUGGUUUAAUGUUGGCUCUGACUGCAGAUAUCUCACAAACCGCAGAGCCACUGAAGCUCUCACCACAGAACUGGCACAGUCUCCUCUGAGAGAGGGAGGCACCUCACCACAGGUCCACAUCCACCCCCCAAAUUUCAGGGGGCAGAGGACUAAACCAGAAGAAGGCAAAGGAGGUGACUUCAGAACUCAUCAGCCGGACCAGAGCUAGCUAGUCCUGUUGGACGGAACCAGGGGCUUUCCAUGUCGGGUUCAAAGUGAACAAGCGUGUGUGGAGACAGCCGCCGUUCAGAGGCGUUCCCCAUGGAUCCGAACAUCCCGGGGUCUUUCCUGUUCAACAACGGCCUGAACCAGUUCCCCUCGGACGUUAAGGCGCCCAUGUGCCAGUAUUCUGUGCAGAACUCGUUCUACAAGCUCAACCCAGGCCUCAACAGCCAGCUGCAGGCCGGCACGCCGCACGGCAUCAGCGACAUCCUCAGCCGCUCCAUGGUGGGCGCUCCCAGCACCCCGCUCCUCUCUGGAUACUCCACCAUGGGGGGAUUUGGGACCGUGGCCACCCCGGGGGUAUACUACAACCGGGACUACAACCCGUCGCUGGGCGGCUUCUCCAAGCCCAGCUCGGAGUGCCUGGUGAAGGGGCGCGGUGGGGGCUGCUGGGCGGAGGCCGGGUACGAGUGGAGAGGCGGCAGACAGCCCUGCAGCAACAGCACCGGACACCUGAGCGAGGCGGUGGGGAGGAAGAAGCACACCAGACCCACCUUCAGCGGACACCAAAUCUUUGCGCUGGAGAAAACAUUUGAGCAGACCAAAUACCUGGCGGGGCCAGAGAGAGCCAGGCUGGCAUAUUCACUGGGCAUGACAGAGUCCCAGGUCAAGGUGUGGUUCCAGAACCGACGCACCAAGUGGCGCAAGAAGAGCGCCUCGGAGCCCAGCUCCACCCAGGCCUCCAGAGGGGAGCAGGGGGGCGACACGUCGGAGAACGAGGUGGAGGACGAGGAGUACAACAAGCCCUUGGACCCCGACUCGGAUGAUGAGAAGAUCCGCCUGCUUCUACGCAAACAUCGGCGAGCUUUCUCUGUGCUCCGACUCGGACCACACCAUGUCUGACGUGCGCAUACACAUAGUCCACAGUCCCUGGCCUGUCCAUUCAAUCCAGCUGCUCACUGAAGCACCGGUAAACUACUGGUAUAUGCACAAAUGUAUAUAUAUACUAGCAUUAAGGUUACAAAAUCAUUGAAUCAUGGGUGCAAAGAUAGCUAAGGUAGCUACAGUACAUUUACAUUGACACAUACUAGCUAACUGAACAAUUGACAUGAUAUUGAUAUUUCUUUUUGGAGUGAGUGUAGUUCCCUCACGUAUGAAUCCACUGAAGUAUCUAGUUCAUUCACACCCAUUAUGCUCUUCUGAAUGCGUUAGAGAUCAGUUUACACUAAUGACUGUCAGGAAUGGAAUGAGCAAAGGCUUUACUGCUUAAUUCACCUGUCGUCACGUCGACCAUAUUUAAAGAAGUAAACCAGGAAUCAUACAUGGACUUUUUUUAGUGACCAUUUUACAGAAGUUUAAACAACAUACAAAACAAAGAAUGUCAGCAAUGGGCUUGUGUACAUUUUCUGUAAUUUGUCAUUGUAAAUCUGUGAUUGUGAUCAGUCAGAAUGUUAUUCAGUGACAACUCAAUUUUCACAGGUACACUACCUGACUUCCAUGGCUGUAAAUACAACUUACAAUUAAAGUGCAGUAAUUUAUUGUAAAGUGAGACUUGGUGCCUGAAACUGCAGUUUCUCAAUGGGAAUUUAAAUCUCUUUGGCUGGCUGUUGUGGCAUUGUGGUCCAUGUUUUUAAAAAAUGCAUGCAUUUCUAAACAAACCAAUUCCCAAGCCUUCAGCCACCUAAAAGCUGUGUAAAUGAACUGAGAAAUUGUAAAAUAAAAACUAUGGAUUACUA